AUUUGAAUUUUGCUGCAUCUAAGUCACAAACAACAGCCAUGUCUCGCCGUUCGAGUCGAUCGUCCAUAUCCGAUGGUGAACUCAUCUUAGACUGUAAGGCAGCGUAUAGGGAGGUCUUAGACGACAUCAGGAAAGACAUCACAAGCAAGUCUGUUCUCCUUCAAGCAUUACAAGAAACGGGCAGAAAUCCAACUGAACGCGUGUUAAAGAAAUACUGGCGCUCUGAUACUGAGGGCCUGUCAUUUGACGAUUUCGUCGAUAUCUGUCGUAAGGAGCCUGUCACAAGUGAAGAAGAAAUUAUGAAAGCCUUUCGUAAGAUUGACACUAAUGGAGAUGGUUUCCUGUCCUUGGAGGAACUCUUCAAAAUUAUGACCUCCGUAAGAAACAAAAUAUGCAGAAAUAGG